AUGGCUCACCUCCCGCCUGAUGCCGCCAUCUUCUCACCCUCCGUUGCCCGCCUGGCCGCCUCAACGGCCAAGGACUGGAGCUAUGUCGACAGCUGGUUAGCCUCCAAAUAUAAUGGCCGCCAGCCACCGUCCUUCGAAAGAAACCCCGACACUCUCAAGGCACUCUUAGCCCUCGCUAGCCUGAACGAGGCGGCGGAUGAGAACCGCGACCUCCUCGCCCGCGCUGAGACCGACGCUUUGCAGGGGAUCAGGGCUCUCGACGAGGGCAUGGAGGAUGGCGGCGAUAGCUCGAUCAAUGUCUCUGCGUUUAGAGAGCAGAUCCUGGGCGCCCUGGAGGAGAGUCUUACCAGGGAGGGCAGGACUUCGCUCGUUGCGAUGGCAACCUCCGCCGUGCACCUGGGCAUCGCUCUCCCAGAGCCUGCACAGCUCGGACAGGCGAUGCUGGACCUGCAGGUCCGGAACUUCAGUCUCGAGCAGGCCACGGCGCGGGUUGGGGUUCUGCAGCGCUACACCGAUCUUGAGCUUGCAAGGCUCGACAGGCUGCUCGGGGAGGUGAACGGUGAUGGGUAUCGGCCCCCAGUCGAUCUUCCCAGGCAGAAUCUCGACAUGCAGCGUAAGACCAAGGCCAUGGCAAAGCAGUUGCUCGAGAUGAGGGACAAGGUCUCGUCUCUGGCAAGGGCGGUCGGCGUGCCAAACCCGACAAUCCAACAGCUACGCCAGGAGGAGGAGAGGUAUCUAGAGCUCCUUCAGGUAAAGAGAAGCCUGGACCAGCAGGUCAACGAGUUCGAGGGUCUUCCCCCGGAUACGGAGCAGGCACGCCAACAGCUCGACAUGCUGCGUAGAGAGCUGCGUAGCAUCACCGACCGCCGUGACGCCGUCUUUGAGAACCUUGUCGAACGCGAGACACCUCGAAAGGGAAGAUGA